GCUUGCUCUGAGCCACUGCCGCCGCCUGCAGAGCUGCUCAGGGGUCCCUGCGUGUGUUGUCGGGGGGAUUAAAUGCCUGGUACGAGGCUUGCUGAGUUCGCCAUUCAGAAAGGACUAAUCUAGCUGCAUGGGAGGAAAUGAACGUGGCGGGGAAGCCGUCUCCUUCAGCCCAGCUCGAGCGCCCGGACAGCCUCCUCGUCCCCACUUGGACAAAAACUGGUAUUGCAUUAUUGUACGACGAAAUAACGGAAAACACCUACGAAAUCCGACUGAAGCUUACGAAAGAGGUAUUAGCAAUUCAAAAACAAGAUGUCAUCUGUGUUAGUGGAAGUGAUCACAGUGCAAAUCACAGAACUGUUAAACUUCAUAGACAACCAGUUGGUGGCUUGGGCUUAAGUAUAAAGGGUGGUGCUGAGCACAAAGUGCCUGUUGUCAUAUCGAAAAUAUUUAAAGAUCAAGCAGCGGACCAAUCUGGAAUGUUAUUUAUAGGAGAUGCAGUAAUGCAGGUCAAUGGCAUAAAUGUAGAAAAUGCUACCCAUGAAGAAGUGGUGCAUCUACUGCGAAAUGCUGGCGAUGAAGUUACCAUCACCGUUCAGUACCUCAGGGAAGCUCCAUCAUUUCUAAAGCUCCCAUUGGGUUCUCCUGGACCAUCCAGUGAUCACAGCAGCGGUGCUUCCUCCCCUCUCUUUGACAGUGGUUUACAUUUAAAUGGAAACUCCACAAAUACAGCACCCUCAUCACCUUCUUCACCCAUAGCUAAUGAACCAAAAUAUGAGAAGCGCUGGCUGGACACCUUAUGUGUUCCUUUGUCGAUGGCUCGAAUCUCAAGAUACAAAGCUGGAACAAAUAAAUUAAGAUCUAAUGCAUUUGAAGUACUGGCACUCGAUGGAGUUAGCUCUGGGAUACUUCAGUAUUGUACAGCCCAGGAGAGUGCUGACUGGCUGAGAGCAUUAUCAACUAACAUCAGUGAUUUGACACUACAAAAUAUAAAGAUGGCAAAUAAAUGCUGUUCUCCCUCAGACCAGGUGAUACAUAUGGGGUGGGUGAAUGAGAGGCUUCAAGGAGCAGAUUCCCCGCAGCUCUAUAAAUUCAAGUUCCUGGCACUGAAGGGUUCAUCGUUCUACAUUUUCAGCACACCUCCGGUAAGCAUGCUAGAUUGGGUACGAGCUGAAAAAAUAUAUAACCUCUGUGAGGUUUUAUUUAAAGUUCACAAGCUCUGGCUUAAUGAUGAUUGCUGGCUACAAGCAAACCUGUAUUUAGGUAUUCACCAAGACUAUGAACUUGAAGACCAGAGGCCAUAUUGCUUCAGUAUUGUGGUUGGUCAUGGCAAGAGUCAUUACUUCAAUGUUGAACUGGGAAGUGAGCUGGGAGUAUGGGAGAAAUCAUUUCAAAGAGCAAUUUUCUUGGAAGUUCAAAAAACAGGGUCUAAAACCUAUAUGUGUAGCUGGCAAGGAGAAAGCUUGUGUUUCACUGUGGACUUUGCUUUGGGAUUCACUUGCUUUGACAAUAAAACAAAGAAUGUCCUCUGGAGAUAUAAAUUCUCUCAGCUCAAAGGGUCAUCAGAUGAUGGGAAAACUCGAGUCAAGUUACUUUUCCAGAAUAUAGAAACCAAACAAAUUGAAACAAAGGAACUAGAAUUUCAGGAUUUGACAGCCGUUUUAAACUGCAUCCACUCCUUUAUAGCUGCUAAAGUUGCAUCACUGGAUCCAUUGUUUAUAGACAGCCAGAGCAUUGCAAGAAAAUAUACUUACAGCAACUAAAAGAAUUCUGUGUUGUGAUUAUGACAGAGAAAUUAUUUUCUUAAAGAAAAAAAGCUAUUUCAUGCACAAAAUUACAAAAUUCCAUGUGAUUUUAUAAGAGAUCUAUAGUUGGGUUAUCAAUAAAAACUACUAGUUUUCA